AUGGGAGCGGGUGGCAAGAAGGCGAAAGCCAAAGAUAAAAAUGGCAAGGCCGGUGCAAAGCAGCAGAAGAUUAAGAAGACCAAGAGUCCGGAGCCAACAGAAACCCAGACGACAACUGAAUCCUCGACUCCUGCCAGCCCGGUUCCUGUUGCACAAGAACCCGAACUUGACCAUUCAUCGGAACCGGCAGUACUUGAUCAAAUCUCUGAAGCCGUCGAACCUCAUCCAGAACCUUCUGCAGUGCAAGCCGACCAUGAGGAAUGUUCUGAAGUACCGCCUGUACAUGAAGCCUCUGAUCAACCACCCGCUGUGAAGGCAGACUAUUCAGAUAUUGCAGCUCCCGUGUUGACUGACAAAGUCACGCCCGAGGCUCCUAUUGAGCCGGGAGAGAGUCAGAGGCCAUCCGAAGAGCAUCAAGAGGAACUUGAGGGUCAAAAUAUCCACGAAGACCAACACCUUACCGACGACCAACAGCCUGUCGAAGACAAGCAACCUAUCGAAGCUCAACAGCCCAUCGAGGCUCAACCUCAACCGGAUCAGCCUGCGGACGAUACCCCCAAACCGGGAUCAAGAGCAGUCACUCCCGUGACCGCUCCAUUUGCACCGUACUCGCCUGUACCAUCUCAGGUACCGUUGCCAUCGCCAUCUCUGACUGAGGCUCGGUUUAUGUCCAACGGCUCACCUGAAGCCCGUUUCCAUCCAUCCUCUCCGGCAGUCGUCCGCUACGCUUCGCCUGUCCCCUACGCUUCACCAGUGCCCUACGGCUCACCAGGACCAUACGCCUCACCGGUGCCCUAUACACCACCAUAUCCAUACACAUCACCCUACACAUCGCCUUACGCCUCACCCUACAUCUCACCGGUGCCCAAAGUCAGCAGCCCACUGGCCCGUUCUCAUUACCCUUAUAUGCCUCCAGCCAUGCCUUCGACAAUGUCUCCCACCGCAACACCACCUCCACCCGCGGCCCCAGCGCCCCCCAUGGCUCACAUGGCUCCUCCCAUGACCCCUUCAAUGUCCAUGGGCCCCCAAAUGGCCCCACCUGCACCACCAUCAAUGACCCAGAGCUAUUCCACCGCUGCGCAUUCUCCAGUCAUGAGCUCUGCUGGGGUUAUACCUCCCUAUGGGACCUAUCCUCCGCCGCAGCAAAGCCCGCAAUACAUGCACCGGAGCUAUGGCGUGUCAGACCAGCAACCAUAUGCAUCGGCGUUCCAGGCCAUCCGCGAUCUGGGCAAUGGCUCACAAAACGAGAACGGCACGAUUUCCCCGCCGGAAAACGAUGCCGAGCACAUCGAGCUUCUCAAGAGAAUCCAGUCUGCCAUUCCGGACAUCAAUCGUCUGCUGCAUGGGUUCCAAAAUACCCAUAGCCGACUCAACAGCCGCGAGGCGGAGAUAAAGCAGAUCGGCAAUCAGCAUGAGCAAGCAUUGAUGCAUAAAGAGUUCUACAUCGAGGCCCUGCAGUCCCAGAUGAAGAAAACCGCCAACGAAAGUGCGGAGGAAUGUGCCAAGCUCAAGAACACGAUCAACGAACUCCGGCUCGAGCUCGGCAACUUGCAGGAAAAGCAAAAGGAUCUCGAGGAUGGACUUUCUUCUCAUCAAAAGUCCAACGAGGAGCUUUCUUCAAGCAAGAGUGAUCUCGAGGCUGAACUUGUUAAGUUGAACGCGAGCAUCGAGGAGUCCAAGGCUGCUCACGAGAAGGAGCGGCAAGAGCAGAAGGAGGAACAUUCCAAGGCCCUUGCGACUCAGAAGCAAGAGCUCACUGAAUUGUUCGAGGAGAUUAAGAAUGAAGAUGAGAAGGCGGCCAAUGAAGCCCUCGAAGCCCGGGAGAAAGAUCUCCGUGAACAGCACGAGGCUGAUAAGGGCGAAUGGGAUAAGGAGAAGUCCCUGAUGCAGGAUACCUUGGAGACGCAUCGCAAUGAGCUGGAAGCUAUCAAGACGGAACUUGCGUCGAAGAUCGCUACCCUCGAAUCCAAGGAGACGGAGCUGGAGUCGCGCUUGGCGGAGCUCAACACGGUCCGCGAAGAGGUUGCUUCGAAAGUGGCGGAGCUGGAGUCAAAGGAAAAGGAAUUGCAGGAGACUCGUGAGCAGAACACGAAGGAAAUCGAGUUGCUGCAGAGCGGCCAUACCGGUGAAAUGGACUCCCUUCGUCAAAGCCACGCGGACGAAUUGGCUGCUGCCGCGAAGGAGCUGAACGACAAGAUCGCGGUUAUCGAGACUGUUCUUGCUGAUAAAGAGAAGGGUUGGGAGGCUGAAAAGGCCCAGUUGGUCCAGCAGCUAUCUGAGAAAGAUAGCGAGUUGAUGAGCUCGGAGCGAGAGAAGGAGAAGUUGGAAGGGGAUGGCCUCAUUAAGGAGCAGCAGCUUCAGCGGGCUGUCGAUGAGAUGAAGUCGACUAUUGAUCACCUGGACGGCGAUUGUGACCGGCUGCGGAAGACGCUGCACAGUCUGGGCGAAGCCACGGAUCUCAAGACCAAGGGCGAUCGAUUCUUUUCGAACAGCUUCAACCAACUCUCGCAACUGAUCCACGAGCUCUCCCAAGAACACUUCACCUACCUCCCCAUCGACCCUCCAAAAGAUAUUUUGUCUAAAAUCCCUUCCGAACUCCCCUCCUUCCUCGACAACAGCCCCGCCGCCCGCGACCUCCGCUGCGCCUACAUCCGCCACUUCGUCUCCAAAACCCUCACCUACCGCGUCUUCCAGCCCUUCCUCUUCACCCUCGGCCGCCGCUACGACAAAGCCGACACCUUCUUCCAGAUGCUAUCCAUGGACAUCAGGCGCAAAUCUGUCCGCCGCGAAGCCUUCUGGCGCCAGCAGACGCUGAAAGCAGCAUACACGACCUCAGACGCAAAGCAAUCCAUCAACGUCGCGGCGGCGGUGAUCGUCGACGAAAUCGUCGACCACAUCAAACACUUCACGGACCCCAAACAGCUCGACGCGGUCAUUGUCAACGUGCGGAAGAUCGUCAAGUUGGCCGCGGAAACGUGGCGACAUGCCCGCGUGGAGCGGGAACUCGUCCUCGCGCUCUUCCCCGCACCGGACGCCGAGGACGUCGCGAACGAGGGAUGGCAGGAGUACGGCAUUGCGAAGGAUGUGAGUCCGGUGCAGAAGACCGAUCCUACGCGCCAUGUUGUCCUCCGAACAUUCCCGUGUAUUGUGCGGGAGGCGGCGCAUGAAGACUUUGCUUUUGCGUCGGAUGAGAGGAAGAAUCGGUGUGUUUACUCGCCUGGUGAGGCUCUGUUUUCGGAUUCUCCGGUUGUCAUGGCACGAUUGCAGGAGUUGGCGAAGAAGUCUUCGGAGACGUUGGUUAAUGAGGGGGGCCAGCUGUCGCCGCCUAAGACGCCCAAGGGAUCGCAGGAGAAUCUCCCGCUGAGAAGUGUGAGUCCGCUACCGGAUAAGAUUUCGGUGCCUUCGGCGCCGACGAGUCCGACGGGGCCGGUUGUGAAGGCCUAG